CUAGCUAAGAAGCUAACAUCUGCCAAAUACAAGAACUGAAACAGCUCGAAGCAAGACACACACUCAACAAACAGUAAACACGGGACAAGUUGUACCUGCAGGUGACUUGCUUCGUGUUCAUUUUUUAUGCUCAAUAACAUUGGAGCGACGGUAUUUAUGUUCCCGUUGUCACGUUUGAGUGCAAGCAGAAACUCCCGCCUAUAAACCCCCAGAUGCAAUGAACGAAAGGUUCCGAGGGGAAGGUUCAAGACAGGUAGGUAGCCAGGUAUGAGUCUAUCGAGAAUACGACAGCAACGUUUGUAACCCCUAAAAACACCGGUGUGUGUCACCUAGCUCUGCACUUCCCGGUUCAACCUUCCAAUGGACUGCACUGUCUUGAAGUUUAACCAUUGUGGAAGAAAAAUCUAUAGUUUUGACAAAAAUAGGCUCCAAACAGAAAACACAGGGCGAAAAUGCCCAAUCUGUCAGGAGCAGAUGAGAUUCAGUCUCCUCCAGGCACCUGUCAUAGUUCCAUGUCCAUUUAGUAAUGGACACAAGGUCCGCUGUGCCUUCCUCAUUGGAUCCUCACUGGGACCUGCUUUUCUUAGUGAAUGGCAGGACUCGGAGCUGCAUGUUGGAGUUACUAACUCACAAGGUGUGGUGUACAGCUACACCUCCUCGGGGGUCCAGAGAGAGGAACAGGGCUGGGAGCAGUGCCUCUGUGUGCCGCUGGUGGCCCCCGGGACUGGCAGGGACAGCCUAGCUGGGACGCUGUGGGACAGUGAGCUGGAACAGUUCUCCCUCCUCUCCACCUGGUCACGACACAGAUUUGAAGAGGAGAGGGAGUUUGGCUCGUGUUGCUAUGGCUUUGCCCUGUCCUUCCUGAACCAGCUGAGGAGAGCAGAGGGCAGAGAGUCGGUCACUAGGGAUGACUUCACACAGCAACAUGUCCUGCCCCACGUUAAGACUGCCUCCAGAUACAUCACAGUCUACCAAGAGAUCCAUCAACAUGGUUUCUACGUAGCUGAUUUAUAAGAUGCUUGUAUUUAGUGUAAUUUUCAGAGGGAUUGGGAUAAAGCUGAAGGACCUUCGGUUGGAUCUUGUAUAGAAUUGAUAUUGUUAAUGCUUAGUUGUUCAUCACAGAUACAUCCUGAAGCUUUUAAUUUGUUUAAGUAAUUUACAGAAUAUGGGUAGAUGAAUGUCUGUAUUUUAUACUCUUGAGCAAACUUUCACAAAAGCUCUGACGAAGGCCUGGAGGCCGACAAGUAAGCUUGAAUAAAAUAAGUGAUACUCGCAA